UUCUCGUGCGGGCACCGCGUGGCGAAUGCCGCAGCAGCAGCUGCUACUGCUGCUACUGCUGCUCGCGGCUCGGGGCAGACAGCAUCCGGACUCGAACCCGGGUGCGAGGGCGAACCGCUCAAAGGAGCGAAGGCUCGAGAGGGCGCCCCGAGACGUUCCGCGGCGACCACCUCCUCCUGCUCCUCGCGUGCUCCGGCGGCGCUUGCAUCGGGGGGACUCGCGUCCGGACGCCGACCCCCGCGGGGUCAACUCCGCAAGCCCGCGGCGGCGAUGGGGCGCUGAGAGCGCGCGGGUGGCGGCAAGGGAUGGACGACUCCGGCGGCGGGCGUCGCGCGUGGAACGCCACCGCCGCCCUCGCCAACGGCACGGGCGUCGCGGUGGAGGACUACGACAUCUGCCGCACGUCGCCCUUCUCCACGUCCUUCCUCAUCGUCGCCUACUGCACCGUCAUGACGCUGGGCCUCAGCGGCAACGCGUGCCUCGUGUUCGUGGUGGCGCGCCAGCGCGACAUGCGCAACAUCACUAACGUGUUCAUCGCCAACCUCUCGGUGUCCGACAUCCUCGUGGUGCUGCUGUGCCUGCCGCUCACGCUCGUCUACACCCUCAUGGACCACUGGGCCUUCGGCGAGCUGCUCUGCAAGCUGAGCCCCUUCGUGCAGUGCACGUCCGUCACCGUCUCCGUGCUCUCGCUGGUGCUCAUCUCGCUCGAGCGCCACCAGCUCAUCCUGCACCCCACGGGCUGGAAGCCGAGCCUGCACCACGCCUACGCGGCCAUCGCCGUCGUGUGGGUGGCGGCGGCGCUCGCCUCGCUGCCCUUCGCCACGUUCCAGGUGCUCACCGACGAGCCGCUGGGCAACCUGAGCGGCGGCGGCGGCGGCGGAGACGCCGAUCCCCUGGAGGGCAAGCACGUGUGCGUGGAGGUGUGGCCCUCCUCCUCGGCGCGGCUGCUCUACACCACGGCGCUGCUGGCGUUGCAGUACUGCGUGCCGCUCGCCUUCAUCUUGGGCUGCUACGCGCGCAUCUUCCUGCGUCUGCGGCGGCGCCGCGGCAUGCUGGAGAGGCCCUCGCUGUGCCGGGAGGCGCGGGAGGCCUCCACGGGCCACUACGAGCACCGGCACGACCACCUGCAGCAGGAGAGCUACAGCCGGCGGGCGCGCCAGGCGCGCAGGAUCAACGGCAUGCUGGCCACCAUCGUGGCGGCAUUCGCUCUCUGCUGGCUGCCGCUCAACGUCUUCAACGCGCUCUACGACUGGCACCACCAGGCCGUCAUGGGCUGCCACCACAACCUGGUGUUCUCGCUGUGCCACCUCACCGCCAUGGCCUCCACGUGCGUGAACCCCGUGUGCUACGGCCUCCUCAACACCAACUUCCAGAAGGAGCUCAAGGCGAUGGCGCAGCGCUGCUGGUGCGUGGCUGCCGCGGGCCUCGCGAGGGUCAGCGACGGCGGCGGCAGCGGCGGCAGCGGCGGGAGGUCAGAGGUGGCGCGCGAGGCCGGCGCGGGACGGGCGGACGAGGAAGCGUUCGAGCACUUCCCCCUGUCCACCAUGACCACGGACAUGUCCAAGGACUCCAUCAAGCAGCACUGCAGGACCAACUCGAUGUAGCGGCGGGCGAGCGGGCGAGGGGACCCGCGGGGCGAUGCGUG